AUGGCCGAUAGAAAUAGGACAGAAGUGACUGAAUUCAUCUUAUUGGGCCUAUCCAGCUGGCCAGAGAUGCAGCUAGUUAUUUUUGGGUUUGUCCUUGCCAUGUACCUGGUAGCAUUUAUGGGCAAUACUCUGUUAGUAAUUGUUGCUUUCUCAGACCCCAGGCUCCAGACCCCUAUGUAUUUUCUGCUCAGACAGCUUUCCUUCAUUGACAUAUUUCUGACAACUAUCACAGUCCCCCAGAUGCUGGUGCACACACUGUCUGUGAAUAGAACUAUCUCUUUUAACUGCUGCAUCAUCCAGUUGUUCUUCUUUAUGGCUGUGGGCAGCAUGGAAGGCCACUUGCUGGCUGCUAUGGCAUAUGACCGAUAUGUUGCCAUCUGUGACCCCUUACGAUACUCUGCCAUUGUCAGCCGUCGCCUCUGUCUACGCAUAACUUUGACCUCUUGGAUGGUCGUCAGUCUCAACAGCCUCCUAUACAGUGUGCUGGUCACCCGUUUAACCUUCUGUGGCAACCAAAUCACUCACUUCUUCUGUGACAUCACACCCUUGCUAAAGCUCUCCUGUAACCGGCCAGUCGUCAAUGAAAUGCUAAUAUUCACUGAGGGUGUAGCCGUGGUGGUUAGCCCCUUCUUCUUCAUUUUAGGUUCCUAUGCCCGAAUUGGUGUUGCCAUAGCCCGUAUGCAUUCAGUUGCUGCCCUACGAAAAGCCCUGUCCACCUGUAGCUCCCACAUCAUGGUUGUGCUGCUCUUGUAUGGCUCUGUGAUCCGCAUGUACCUUCGACCAUCCUCCAGCUACGACUUGAACCAGGACCGUCAAGUCGCCAUCUUUUACACAGUAGUUACCCCUAUGCUAAACCCACUUAUCUAUAGCCUGAGGAACGAGGAGGUCAAAGGAGCUCUGAAAAGGCUUUUCAAGAAACUCAGCAUCUCAAGAGAUUUCCAACAUGGUUCUCAAUCAAAUAGGGAAUGGCAGCAAGAUUUCCUAAAACCAAGGAAUUAA